AUGAGCAGCAACAACAGGGCCCUCAAGAUUGUGGUGUGUGGGCCAGUGAAAGGUGGCAAAACGUCUAUUGCCAAUUUCAUAGCGGGGCAAACCGAGCAGAUUGGAACCGGCAACAGGAUAUAUGAGCCAACUGUCGGAGUGAGAAUUCUGGAGUGCGAGAAGCAACCAGGAAUCACAGGAAAUAAGGUUCCUGUCGAGAUAUGGGACGUAUCUGGAGAUCAAGCGUUUGAGUCGUGCUGGCCGGCAAUCAUGAAGGGCGUCGAUGGCGUGAUGCUGGUCUACAACCCGGAGAUCCCAACUCACGAUAUCGAGGUCGGCAUCUGGUUCGACCAGUUCGUGAAGCGGCCCAAGCUCGACAACAGGCAGUGCCAGGUCAUCGCGCAUAGAGCUAGCCCGACCCCGGCCCCACGAUCCCGACUGCCACCGAAGCUGGCCAGCCUGAGCGGCAACAUUCUGCACACGAAUUUCGCGUCGGUAUCGCAAGUCAUCACCGGCUUCGAAGACUUUUUGAGAGAGGUUCACCAAGCCUCCAUGACCCAACUUCGAAAAUGA